GCGCCUAAAAGCCGCCCCUUGGAGAUGCUUUCACCAGAGCAGUAAGAACUUCCUGCUGGAGUCUCUGCAUCCCCUGGCUCUGAAACACCCCCUGGGAAGGGGCGGAAGACCCCAGGGGGAGGGGCGAGGGGGGAUCCUAGCGCUGCUCUUUUUCCCCUCCCCCUCCCCCGGCGGGCGUGCAGGCAUGGAUGUGCUCAGCGCUAGCCAGAGCAACAACACCACAUCGUCCCAGGGUCCCUUUGAAACGGGUGGCAACGCUACUGGCAUCUCCGACGUGACCCUCAGCUACCAAGUGAUCACCUCUUUGCUGCUGGGCACGCUCAUCUUCUGCGCGGUGCUGGGCAAUGCGUGCGUGGUGGCUGCCAUCGCCCUGGAGCGCUCCCUGCAGAACGUGGCCAACUAUCUCAUAGGUUCUUUGGCGGUCACCGACCUCAUGGUGUCGGUGCUGGUGCUGCCCAUGGCCGCGCUGUACCAGGUGCUCAACAAGUGGACCCUGGGCCAGGUCACCUGCGACCUGUUCAUUGCCCUUGACGUGCUGUGCUGCACCUCAUCCAUUCUGCACCUGUGCGCCAUCGCGCUGGACAGGUACUGGGCCAUCACGGACCCCAUCGACUACGUGAACAAGAGGACGCCCAGGCGCGCCGCUGCGCUCAUCUCGCUCACUUGGCUUAUUGGCUUCCUCAUCUCCAUCCCGCCCAUGCUGGGCUGGCGCACCCCUGAAGACCGCUCAGACCCCGACGCCUGCACCAUCAGCAAAGACCACGGCUACACUAUCUACUCCACUUUCGGCGCUUUCUAUAUCCCACUGCUGCUCAUGCUGGUUCUCUAUGGGCGCAUCUUCCGAGCCGCGCGCUUCCGCAUCCGCAAGACGAAGAAGGGUGGGGAUACUCGUCUGGGAGCAUCCUCAGCCCCUCAGCCCAAGAAGAGCGUGAAUGGACAGCCAGAGAGCAGGGACUGGGGGCCGGGUAUGGAGAACAGAGCUGGCGGUGUCCCGUGCGCCAACGGUGCGGUGAGGCAGGGCGACGAUGGCGCCGCCCUGGAGGUGAUCGAGGUGCACCGAGUGGGCAACUCCAAAGAGCAUCUGCCUCUGCCCAGCGAGGGCGGUGCUAUCCCCUGCGUCCCUGCCUCCUUCGAGAGGAAAAAUGAGCGCAACGCAGAGGCCAAGCGCAAGAUGGCCCUGGCCCGCGAGAGGAAAACUGUGAAGACUCUGGGCAUCAUUAUGGGCACCUUCAUCCUCUGCUGGCUGCCAUUCUUCAUCGUGGCCCUAGUCUUGCCCUUCUGCGAGAGCAGCUGCCACAUGCCCACCCUACUGGGCGCCAUAAUCAACUGGCUGGGCUACUCCAACUCUCUGCUCAACCCUAUUAUUUACGCCUACUUCAACAAAGACUUCCAAAACGCGUUUAAGAAGAUCAUCAAGUGCAAGUUCUGUCGCCGAUGAUGACGGAGUAGUAGCCGGCGACUGCACCCGCCCUUUCACUCUGCCUCCAGCCCUCUGGAAUCAACACCUAAGAUAACUUGAUAUUUCUCCUCUUACUUUUGCAGCUGCUCCG